CCUCACCGCAGCAGUCGCGUCUGGGGCGCGAGUGGCGGCCGAAGGCAGGUGGUAGGGCGUGCGGACCGGCGGGCACGCGCGCGUGCUGGCAGCCGAGGUCCCUCGGGAAGCCGGGGAGCGCCGACACCGCCCCGCACGCUCCGCCUGGCGGCCGGCGGCGCGCGCGAGGGCGGGGGAGGUGCAUGCGUGUGUGCGCGUGAGUGUGUGUGUGAGUGUGUGUGUGUGUGUGUAGCUUGGGUGCGGAGCGUGAGCCACCAGUGCCCGGGUACGAGUUCCCCCGCGGUCUUCCACACCCUCCGUCGGUCCCCGCUCCUUCCCCCCACGACUCGCCAGUGCCCCCACGGUAGCAAAACGAACAGGAGCAUUGGGAAGCAGGUGUGGGGGGUGGGAGGGGUAGCAGCAGACAAAAGGGGCGCGGGGGUCAGCCCGCCAUGGCCUCCCGGAGCCUGGGGGGCCUGAGCGGGAGCCGCGGCGGCGGCGGCGGCGGCGGCAAGAAGAGCCUCAGCGCCCGCAAUGCUGCGGUGGAGAGGAGGAACCUCAUCACGGUGUGCAGAUCGUGGUGGAGAGAAACUAGGUUUUCUGUGAAGACCCUGAUUGAUCGGUCCUGCUUUGAGACAAUUGAUGAUUCCUCUCCUGAAUUUAACAAUUUUGCAGCUAUUUUGGAACAGAUUCUAAGUCACCGGCUAAAAGAGAUAUCCCAAAGUUGCAGAUGGCUGGCUCAUCUCCAAAUACCUCUUCAAGGUCAAGUAACCUGGUUUGGUUAUGAAAGUCCUCGUAGCUUCUGGGACUAUAUCAGAGUGGCUUGCCGGAAAGUUUCACAGAAUUGUAUCUGCAGCAUUGAAAAUAUGGAAAAUGUCAGUUCUUCUAGAGCUAAGGGUAGAGCCUGGAUCAGAGUAGCACUCAUGGAAAAACAUUUAUCUGAAUACAUCUCUACAGCUCUGAGAGACUUCAAAACAACCAGGCGAUUUUAUGAAGAUGGAGCAAUUGUCUUAGGUGAGGAAGCAAAUAUGCUUGCUGGCAUGCUGCUUGGACUAAAUGCUAUUGAUUUCAGCUUCUGCCUCAAGGGAGAAGGAUUGGAUGGAAACUUUCCUGCUGUAAUAGAUUACACACCAUAUUUGAAAUUUACCCAAAGUUCUGACAGCAUCAGCAGUGACGAGGAAGAGCUGAGGACUUUGGGAAGCAGUGGUAGUGAAAGCAGCACUCCAGAGAAUGUCGGGCCUCCUUUCAUCAUGGAUGAGAAUAGUUGGUUCAACAAGUGUAAGAGAGUUAAACAAAAGUAUCAGCUAACCCUGGAACAGAAGGGUUAUCUUGAAGAACUCUUACGACUUCGAGAGAACCAGCUGUCUGAGUCUGUAUCCCAGAAUAAAAUACUACUUCAAAGGAUUGAAGAUUCUGAUCUGGCUCAUAAAUUGGAAAAGGAACAAUUAGAAUAUAUAAUUGUGGAGCUUCAAGAUCAGCUGACUGUGCUAAAGAAUAAUGAUUUAAGAUCAAGACAAGAGUUAACUGCCCACCUCACCAACCAGUGGCCUUCCCCAGGAGCUCUGGAUGUCAAUGCUGUUGCCUUGGAUACGUUGCUUUACCGAAAACACAAUAAACAGUGGUAUGAAAAAAGUUACCAAAGUCUUGACCAGUUAUCAGCUGAAGUCAGCCUUUCUCAGACUUCACUGGAUCCAGGUCAGUCACAAGAAGGAGAUGGGAAACAAGACACAUUAAAUUUAAUCAGUGAAGGUAAAGAAGAUACCCCCUCAUUACUCGGUCUCUGUGGAUCUCUAACAUCAGUGGCAAGUUACAAAUCUCUAACAAGUCUCAAAUCUAAUGACUACCUUGCAAGUCCCACAACAGAGAUGACGAGUCCAGGUCUAACUCCAUCCUGAAAAAUUUUAUGUCAGAGCCAGAAGUUUUUAUGUUGCAAAUGUUCUAUUUACAAUAAGUUUGACUGCUGGGAAAACCUUUGGAAUUUUAUAUUGUUCUGACACAUGUCUGGAAUUCUAUUGCUUCUAUUAGAGAAUUCAGUCCACUCCAUGUGCCCUUCUGAGAGAAAAUGAUCCUGCCAUUUUAAGAUUCUUAUAUUUGUCACUGAGGAAGUUUAAAAAUGAAUAGGCUUUAAAAACCUUCAAAUAUCCUCUAAAUUAAUAAUCCAUUGCUAAUUGUGAUGUAAAUUUAUUAUUCAUCUGAUUUUCAUGUAUUUAGAUGUACUAUAAUUGCCAGAGACUGAGUUCAAGGUUUUAUUCCAGAGACAAAGCUAAGUAUUUUCUUUUACUUUUAUUCAGUGAUUAUAUUUUCUAAAAAAUGAUUUAAUUUCAUUUUUCAUUCAUUUCUUCCUAGGUUUUGAUGUUUAAAUGCCUCUUUUGUAUGAGGAGGUUCUCAGCUGGUUUUGUAGUGGCUUACUCACUUUUUCUUUAAUAGUUAUCAUUUGGUACAACUUUCCAUUAACAUUUUAUAAAUUUUGUAGGAAUGUAUCUUUAGGCCAUUACUAAAUUUGUCAGGGUCCUAGGGAAAGUGUUUUACAUCAUUUUGGUAAAAUGAAUAAACUGUUUUCCCAAGAUUUUCUUAAAAGUUUAUUUAAAAAUAUCAAAUAUUCCUCAGUAGUUGGAAACAUUUAAAAAUGUAGAACAGAUGUUGAAAAGUAUUUUAUUAGGAAAGACUUCGAGUCCAUGUAAGGAUUUGAGAACCUUCAAGUAAGGAUUACUAGAGUCUUAUCAUACUCAACAAUAUGUCUGACAUACAGUGCUGUUUUGUUCUCCCUUAUGUAUAACAAUGAAUCACGCCAUGUUAAUGUUAAAAAACCGAUGUUAAUGUUCGAAACCCCUACACUUCUACAGGUUAAAAAAAAAAAAUUAGUUUCCUUUUUAAAAAAAUUAUGCGCUAUAAAAUCUUUUUGCAGUUUUGGGAAUUUAUAGAUUUCAUCCAUCAAAAUCCCACCAUAUUGAAAGAGAAAAUGUCUGAAGUAUAUUUUCUAUCGUAAGUACUAUGAGGAAAACAUGACCAGUUGUGCCAAAGACGUUUUAUACAUUGUUUACAUGAAGAGGACACAAUACUUAAUGGGGACUUCAUAUGCUAUUUUUGUUUAUUAAUAAAACAUUACAUUCAAACUCAGUUGCUUGACAUGUAGGAACAGUACAACAAUUUAUGAGAGGAGGCAAGAGCGCUGAACAUACUAUACAUCAUUCUUUGUAUUAGAAAUGUGGGAGUGUGGUGGUUCUCUGCAAGAUUUAGGAGCUUUAUUCUCAUGAUUUGGAAUUUAAGAUCAUAAAUAAUAAGAAUGCCAGUCUUAUAAGGAAGUUCAAAUGAAGUCAUUUCAGGAACAAAGGAGGCUUGGAAGCCAUUAAAAUAAGUUAUCCUAGAAGUACCAGAACAUACUCAGAGUUUUUACUUCUUUAGGUUAAGGCUUUAGUACUUGUAAAAAUGCAAAUAUUCUUGAAAAAUGGUACCUUUAACAAUUUAGUGGUAUCUACUCUUAAUUCUAUAUACCUUAUUAUGAGUGAGGUAUCCGAAGCAAUUAUUAAUGAGCAUGGGGAUGGAAGGAAGAUAAAAAAUGAGGACAGUGAAAACCCUGGGAGGAGGGAGAAGGAAAUGGCUAAGGAGAGGAACUUGAAAAUUCUUAGGUUGGCCUUAAGCUCUAUUGCUGCCUUCCUAAAAAACGAUCAGAAUGUUUCAAAUGCUUUAUCCAUGGUCCACUCUCAACUGAUAUUUAUUGUUCCUCAAUAAUUUUAAAAAAUCAUUGUUAAAUUUUUUUCCAUACAUUUUUAUAAUAGGGGAAGGAAAUUCAAGAUUCCAUAAUUGAUCACAUUUUCCAGAUUUGUCUAAUGCAUACAGUAACUUAUGCAUCUUAACAUGCUGCUAUAUGCAGAUUUAAACAUGACAUCUGAGGAUCAUGACUUUUCCUCCUUUCUUGGAGCUCCUGGUAUAAAAUUCAUCUGCUAAUGUGAAUUCAGGUUUCUAUACAGUUCAUUUCACACUAGUUAUACAUGUAGUUAAUGUUUGCAUGAGGAAACAAUGUAUGUCUCAAUCUUUAAUUUUAGGUGGUGGUGUUUACUGUUUACACACCCUACCCAAAACAGAAUGCUGAAUUAUAUGCUAAUAAUUCCAUGUGUAUUUUGUUGCCUUGAUGUACUAUACUUGUUGCAUGUAUAUUAAAAGUUUUGUACCACG